UCAUUCAUCUAAGCAAGAGCUUAGAGGGGCGGAGCCGCAGCCCUGAGGCGGGUCCUGGAGACCGGGCCUCAGGCCCAGGGGCGGAGCCAAGUCAAGGGCUGAAGAGACCUCAGGCCAGAAGAGUGGGACCUCGGGACCAGAGGAACUGAGCCCAGAAAGGCGGGGGACGUGGGCCCAGGAGGUAGAGCUUCGAGCUGAAAGGCGGGCCUCCAUCGAGGCCAGCUGAGGGGUCCCAGCCUUCAGGGCCGAGGUUUUGACUGCACGGCUUGCCGGCCGGAAGAUGGCUUCGCUGUCCAAUAGUCGCCGAGUCCGCCGGCUGUCCUCGUUGGGCCACGUCGCGGUGGUCGUGGACCAGGGUUCCGGCUUCACCAAGGCGGGCUUCGCGGGAGAGGAGCAGCCACGCCUGGUACUCAAGAGCUCCAGCCUGGUGCCCAGCUGGGACCGGCCCGUGCUGCCCGGGGCGCCGGGCUGCGAGCUGGCGGGCGGCGUGGCGCGGGCACACCCCAUCAAGCACGGCGUGGUGGUGGACUGGGAGGCGUUGGAAGGGUUGUGGGAGCGCCUGCUGGUGGGCGGCCUGCGGGUGUGCCCGGAGGAGUGGCCAGUGCUCGUGAGCAACUCCCCGUCGGCGCCGCCCGUGGGCCGCGAGAGGGUGGCCGAGCUGCUGUUCGAGGCCCUGGCAGUGCCCGCGUGCCACCUGGCCAGCACCGCCUUGUUGGCGCUCUGCUCCGUCGGCGCGUUCAGCGGGCUGGCCUUGGAGGCGGGCGCAGGCGUGUGCCACGCCACGCCCGUCUAUGCAGGCCACUCGUGGCACAAGGCCACCUUCCGGCUGGAUGUGGCUGGCAGCACCCUGUCGCGCUACCUGCGGGACCUGCUGCUGGCAGCAGGGCCUGAUCACCGACUGCAGGCCCUGCCCCACAAGAUCAUCGCACAGCUCAAGAAGCGCUGCUGCUACGUGUCGCUAGACUUUGAAGGUGACCUCUGUAAUCCUGCCCGCCACCACCCAGUCAGUUUCUCCUUAGGCAGUGGGUGCUCUGUCUGCCUUGGCUGCGAGCGCUUCUGCUGCCCAGAACCCCUCUUCCAGCCGGGUCUGCUAGGCCAGGCUGAGCCGGGCCUGCCCAUCCUGGCCUUCCGAGCACUGCAGAGGGUGCCUGCGACACUACGGACACGGCUGGCCAACACCAUGGUGCUGGCCGGCGGCUCCACGCUUUUCCCUGGCUUCCCUGAGCGCCUGGAGCGGGAGCUGGAGGCCCAAUGCCGGCGGCAUGGCUGUGGGACGCUGCAGCCGAGCCUGGUGGCCAAGCCUGGGCGCGGGACAGCGGUGUGGACGGGCGGCUCCAUGGUAGCCUCGCUGCGCACCUUCCAGUGCCGCUGGAUGACCCGGGCCAUGUAUCAGGAAUGUGGAUCCAGGCUGGUGCACGAAGUGUUCCACUGAGUCCUGCUGGACUGGAAGGGGUGGUGCCAUAAAAGGGGGCGCUGCAGAGGCAGAUGCUCGGCAGGCUGAGCGCAGCUGUCAGAGGCAUUGAGUGGCAGAUAAAAACCUCAGUGAUUACAGCUGGCAGAGUCGUGUGGUGAUGGGUCACCUUCUACCCCUUUCUAGGCCAGGAAGGGGUGGUCAGGAGCCCUGGGGCUCUUACUUCGAGCUGCAGUGUAAAUCCCCGCUAACCAGUGCCAGUUCAGAGAAUGCCAGUACAGCUGCCCACCCCCAGGCCCUGUUUCCAUGGCAACAAGGAAGGUGCUGUCCCUACUGGUGUCCAGGCCACAGAUAU